AUGGUUUCCCCCACCACUAUCGAGGCCUUGGAGCUUCUCUCGAGCUCCCAUCCUUCUAACAGCCUCUUAUACGCGACUGCUCAGGAUGAUUUGAGGUCCAAGUUACUUGCGCUAGAAGUGGAGAAGUGUUCGUCCGAGGAGAACUAUAAUCUCCUGGUGGGGGAGAUGGCAUCUCUGGAGGAUAAGGUCAUUGCUUUGGAUGGAUCAGUGGAGCACUUAUCCCAGCGUAUCGAGAGGAAGAGCACGGAGGAUGAUCUAGGGUGGUUGCUUCAGAAAGGAAUUGCUCGUGUGGUGGACAAGGUGGUUGAAUGUUUCGAGUUUGUAAUAGGAGUGAAUCAGAUGAAGAGGACAUGCAUGGUCGCUGGUGUAGAAAAUGGAAAGCAGGAGGUCCGGGAACAGGUCAUUGCUGGGAAGUUUGUUCCUGGGGAGGCAGCUGCUACCACGAAGCAUAUUCAGGCAAUGCAUGUUGUUGUGAAGGCGUUUAUGGAGAUAGACUUCGCCUCCUACCUCCACCUAUGCGAGCUUGACAUGGCAGGCCUUUGGCAGUUGUGUGAUGACUCUGAUGCCGAGGAUAGUUUGGUCGAAGGCGGCUCUUCUCAUGCUGGUGCUUCCCCUGGUAAUUGA